CAAUAAAAGUUAAAAAAUAUUGUAGAUUAGAUCAAACUCAAGCGAAAGCAUUAAUCUCUGCUUUGUCACGUGAGAUUGCAUUAAUCGAAGGUCCGCCAGGUACUGGAAAAACCGUAGUCGGUGUAGAGAUAAUGAAAGUGUUACUGGCAAAAGAAAAUCGAGUAGCAAAUAUUGGUCCCAUUCUCACCAUCUGCUUUACUAAUCACGCCCUCGAUCAAUUCUUGGAGCAUUUACUUGACGUAAAGAUAACCAAUAUAGUUAGAUUAGGCACUCGAACAAAAUCUGAAAGAAUUGAAGAAUAUACUUUAGAAGAAGUUUGCAAAAGAAAUCCCCGUAAAUUUAGCAACGAAGUAUCCCGUUUAAUACCAGGUUUACUUCAAUCAUUAAAAAGUCUCGAACAGGAAAUUAAUGGAAUUAACUAUUCUUUAUCCGGAAGGUGGUUGAGUUGGCAAGAUGUACAAUCACACUUGAUGACGAAUGAAAAAACAUUUUAUGAUAAGUUUAAACGUGUGCCCAAUAAUGAUGAAUUACCUAUUUGGGUAUUAGGUGCUAAUUACGAGGAGGAUUCGAAUGGAUUUAUCACUGCUCAAGAUAAAUGGAAGUAUUUACACCCAUUUGAAAAAUGGUUAAGAUGUAUGGAUUUUUAUAAUAAUUGA